UCUCUCUCUCUCUCUCUCUCUCUCUCUCUCUCUCUCUCUCUCUCUCUCUCUCUUUCUUCGCCUCCCCCUCUCUCUCUCUAUAUAUAUAUCUAUAUCUCUCUCUUCGUUCACGAUUCUUCAGAACACAUAUCCAAUUCAGUUCCCAGCACUUACACAUCUCUUUGCCUUGCACAAGGCUGACCAACACCAUGUCCGGUGGCCCCACGUACCAUGUCAACUCCGAAGAGAUAUGCCGUCUUGUCGGAGAGGCUAUUUCAGAUAGCGUGCCUACGAUCUUGAAUGCGGUCCUUGCCAGAGUUCAGGGUACUGGACCGCCUCUUCACUCGGAGCCAUCGCGCCAAACAGAGUCACUCCAGCCCCCCGGGGAUAGUAUCCCAUACCGCCAGCUACCCUCGCCCGGGACUCGGACUUCGUUGGUGCCCUCAUCAAAGAAGUCCGCGUCGAAGACAUCCGCCACAGUGAACUUGACAAUGACCGUCAAGGUUCCAGGCAAACUCGGCUUUCAGAAGCUACGCAGAUUGACCGACUUCGGAGCCCGCAAUCGGUUGGGGAGCAGCGGCAAAUGGCCAUUCAACAAUGUCUGGGACGUGACCUUCAGAGGCAAUAUAAUGGAGUUACACUUCCGGAAUGAGGCCUCCUUGAAGCGAGCGGAAGACGAGUUUUCAACUUUGCUAAGACUGCUCCGGUUCGAAGGUGUUCCUAUCAGUAUGGUCCCCAAACGGUACUACAUUCUUGUGCGAGAUGUCAAUUGGACCACGGAAUGGAUAAGAAACAACGACGACCUUGCUUACGAAUGGAGCCUUUUGACCGACGUUGCGAUUUCCAAAGUCUUUCACAGCCUUCUUGACCUCUACAUCGUUGUGGACGGACUUUCGGACGCCAGACAUCUUUGCAAUUGGCAGUUCCCGAUGACCAUCGGAGAUCGGAAUUUUGAAACCUUUAAUCAGCCUGUUGAUCCUCGGAGCCUGCUGGACAUCUGUCACAACUGCCGCGAACCCGGCCACUUUGUGAGCCAGUGCACGAACCCUGCGAUUUGCUGCAGGUGUUUGGGAAGCCACCAGUGGCUGGAAUGCACUGUCACGUACUUGGGUUACAAGUGCCCCAAUUGCAUGAAACGCCGAGGAAAUUCACAAGACCCAACUCUCAACAUUGACCAUUGUCCCUGGGGUUGGGCGUGCAAAAAUCCCGAAACAAGGGCGAUGAGAGCGGCGCGUGAAAAGUACAAGAAGAAACCACGCUGGGGCAAAGGCACGUUUCCCAAUGAAGUUUGGGAGUCUGGUAAAUCCACUCGGCAUUCGUCAGUUGAUCUCGAUGAUAUCGACACUUCCGAUAGCGAUGAUUGCACGGGGUUCCUCAGUCAGUCGCAACGGCCGCCUAAAAGGGCACAUUGUGAUGGAGGAAAUGAGGGCAAGACUUCUGAUCAGACCCAGCUUCCUCUGAAGAAGAGAUGGCCGCCUGAGUUUGUCCCCAAGUCAAGUGCGGGUUCGGCUGCGACGCUUGAUAUGAACGCAAAUAUAGGGCCUUCUACUUCCAUCCAGGUUGAGGAGUCGCGGGCCACCCCGGCGCUUAGUAUGGACUCAACGGAAGGCGUCACAACUCCCAUCCAAAUCCAGUCUCCGGCGGCUUCGGCGGCCUCUAGUGAAGGAUCCUCGCAGCGAACCGCCAUGGCUGUCGCCUGGGCCAGUCUCAUGCCGUCAACAGCCCGAGGCCCACCGCUCGGUCAGAGGGGGGGCGCCUGCAGCACGAUGCCGGCGAAACGAGGCAGACCUCGUGGCAGGGGUCGAGGCACAGCCUUUAGGCAUUAGCUAUUUUGUGACAAAAAUCCAGAUUGUAGGCGUUAAACUUAUGGGAAAGAGGUGGAAAUGAAUAUACUCUACUAGGACAAGACAUUUCCAUAGACUCCUGAAGUGAUUGAUUGAUAUCAGCUUUUCUUCACAUAUUUCAGUUUCCAAUAUUGAGAGAGCUGGCAGUAUUUGGGUUCGAGGUUGAGUCUGUCUUAUCCCGGAUGUGAGAGCUUUUCUUCUCGGGUCAUAGAGGGUGUCCUUCGUUUGCUUCAUGUCAGCAAGUAUUACAGCGAUUAAGAUACCUUACUCAGUAGGUUGUCUAGCACAAUACUGGAUCUCAACAUGCACGCUGUCUUGUUUUCGUCCAGUAGCGUCAUGUUCAUACAAUGCUUGAACGCUACAGAUGGCUUUUUAUCCAAGGUUGUCUGGGUGACCUUCAAGAACGUUGCAAUAAAGUCGGGCGUCCGUCUGUCGCUG